CCUUAUCUGUUAUGGGGGAUUUCACAGGGCAUGUCAUACCCGCCGGUGAUGCUGUAGAAGGACACGGGGCGGGGGAUGAAUGCAUGCUGGUUGGGGUCGUCGGGCUCUGCCAGUGGGCCGCCGAUGGUGCAGCCAAAGAGGUGGCCGGGACCGCUACGGAUGAGUAUGAAUGGCCGGGCGGCCCCACGGGUCUUGUCGAGGAAUGCUGGGUACUUCUGGCCAUCCCGUGACGACCUAGAAGAAGAGCACGCAUACAGACGCCUUCCUUCCUAUGUGUCCGUGCUUUCACUUGUAAAGCAGCUUCAUUGAUUUGAGGGCCAUGAAGCCACCCAGCCACUCCCGAAGAUAGCGAUAUUGGCCGCACAGCGAGGACAAACGCAAGAACUGCACACACAGACCCACGAUUGAUUCACACACACGUGUGUGCUGUGUCUCGAGGUCGGAUGCAUGUGUACCUGUUUGCCGGGCUGGCACAGCUGGUCAGCCACCAUCAUGAGCUUCAAGCCCUUGCUCUGCAGCCAGCAUACAGUACACGUAUGCAUUUUUGGACCCAAUGACCGGAUAACGCUGCAGGGUGGCGAAGAUUCCGCAAUGCCUGCUGCUUACCGAUGGAAUGUAUCGGUCGUAGCGAAAUGCUAUUAGCUCGAGGUUGUAGCGGACCCCAGCCAUCACCUGCUCGAUGAUCUCCUUGACCUCUUUGAUCUCGUCAUCGAACUCCACUCGCACGUCAAUCGACACCUCUUCGACCAAAUACCGACGCUGCUCCUGACAGUCACACAGAGCCAACCAGCGAUGAGCCAGGCAUCAUUCGCCCUUCUACGAAGCUAUCUCUUACCUGCACUUGCUGUGCGAGUGCCUGGCGGGCAGCAAUCUCACGCUCCAGAAGAGAAAGGAGGGGAUCCUCCCUCUCAGCAGACAUCUGCACACGCGUGUGCACACAGAUCUGCACUGUCUGCGAGGUAGCUUGUGGAUGGCUCAUGUGUUCACCUGUGCCCUUUGCGCCAACGCCGCCGGCAGCUAUGCCACGCAUCUCCUCAACAUGCACAAAUAUCCAGCCCCCGCCGGUGGCUUGGGCCUUCUCUCUAUGUUGGUGAGGGCGGCUCUAUA